UCAUCUAGCCUUCUUCACAACUUAGCUUUCCGGUUUAGUUUUCUUUUGUCCGGGUCCCUGUUACUUGAACUUCCCGAGUACACACCUUAGAUAUCUCCCGGGGUCCGUCUUUUUUAGAGACGGUGAUGGCCUAGGAAAUUAUAGACUGUGCUGGGUACCGGCAUGGAGAGAAGCACUUGGCAUGCCCCUUGAAAAGAGGUAUGCAAAAGAGACACCCACCCGCCGUCGACUUGAGUCAGCACCAUGUGGCUUCAACACACCCAAAGUAAAUACCUAGCCCAACUAGAGUCCGCACGUGUCAUGCCCUGUUCUGCCAUGCCAUGUUGGUCCAGCCAACCCUCCUCCCUGGGGGGGCCCGAGAUAAAGAGACCACCCCGGGCGGACGGAGGCAACACAACACAACACUUCCCCCCCUCCCCCCGAACCAGCAACCGGAUCCGUGGCAGAUGCCCGACGCUCCGGACGCGAAGCGAAGGGCCCCGCGGGCCCGGCCCAAGCCAGGCGAGGUGCGGAUGCCCAACGUGACCCCGAGACAUGGCAUGCGAGCGCGGAGUGCCAGCGCGGAGUGCCAACGGAUGCGAUGCCGGGAGACAACAAAACAACAAAACAACAAACAACAGCAGGCGGGGUCACGAGGCGGACAAACAACAACAAAGGGAUCACGAAAUAUAUGGAUAGGACACGAGCUUUGGCUUCUCUCUCCACGUGCGGGCCGCGGGUUGGCGUUUGUGGGGUCUGGUGUUGGUGUGUUUUCCCUACCUACUGUAAACACGUUGGCUUCCAGUGGUGGGUGUGUAUAUACCAGGGCUUACAUGCGUAGUCUUGGGGGGUGGCAGACAAACAGGUUGGAACAUGAAGAACAGGAUGAGUCGGUGGGGAUGAAUAAAACCUGCUUCAGCGUAGGAGCCUCGAACAAGUAUUUGUGGCGGAUAACACGGGUUUAGGAGGUGGUACGUCGAGCCAGGUGUCGGGCGUGAUGUUGGGCGAGGCCAACACAUCGGGCCGGCCGGCAACAGCUUGCUCGGCGGCAGCGGCGGCGUGUCUUGGAUAAUGAGGUGCGGGGGGUGCAUGUCAC